AUGACUUACGGAACACAUGUUAUUACUGCCGUUGGCAAUAUUACAGACGAAAAACUCAACGAUUCCUCAGAAGUGAAGUGGUGGAACGUGCAAUGGAAGCCAAUUCUUGCCGAGUUCGUAUCAACGUUUUUACUAAUUUUCCUUGGCUGUAUGACAUGCAUCCCCCUAGACGGAUUAGCAACUCAGCCACCGCUCUAUGUGUCUAUUGGAUUCGGACUGAUAGUUCUAUUCAAUAUCACUGCUUUCGGCCACAUAUCUGGAGCGCAUAUGAAUCCAUCGGUUACCCUAACAUCCAUGAUUUGGGGUAAAACGUCUAUUGGCCUCGGAAUCGGAUACGUUAUUGCUCAAUGUGUCGGUGCGAUCGUAGGGUACGGGCUAUUAAUUAUAGUAUCGCCCUUUGAUUUAAUACCGGGAGCAAUCUGUACCACUCAGCCUCGUGUAGACAUGAAUCCGUACCAGGCACUUAUCGUUGAGAUAAUUUUAUCAUCGGCUUUGGGUUUCAUUAACUGUGCCGUAUGGGAUCCGGUAAAUGUGGAUAAAGAUGAGGCAAAUUCCUUGAAAUUUGGUUUGACCAUUGCUGCGUUUUCAAUUGCUGGAGGACCUUUGACUGGAGCAAGUAUGAAUCCAGCGAGAACAUUAGGUCCCUCCUUAUGGACUAACAAUUGGAAUACGCACUGGGUGUACUGGGUUGGUCCACUUAUAGGAGGUGCGUUUGCUGGUGUAUUUUAUAAAUUAAUUUGGUUCAAACGUUAA